CGGCAUCCGGAGCCGGCGGCCGCGGCCAUAGAGCAGCGGAAGCGCGGGCAGAGGGUCCCGCCCGCAGGACGGCACCAUGGCCUCCCGCGGGGGUCCCCGCGCUGCCGGAACCGAUGGCAGCGACUUCCAGCACCGGGAGCGAGUGGCCUCGCACUACCAGAUGAGCGUGACCCUCAAGUCGGAGAUCAAGAAGCUGAUCUACACGCAUGUGGUCCUCUGGCUGCUGCUCCUGGCCCAGAUGGUCGUGGGGCACCUCAAGCUGCUGCCCCACGACCAGGUGGCCAUGCCCUACCAGUGGGAGUAUCCCUACCUGCUCAGCAUCCUGCCCUCCCUCCUGGGUCUCCUGUCCUUCCCCCGCAACAACAUCAGCUACCUGGUACUUUCCAUGAUCAGCACCGGCCUCUUCUCCGUGGCUCCCCUCAUCUACGGGGCCAUGGAGAUGUUCCCCAUGGCACAGCAGUUGUACCGCCACGGCAAGGCUUACCGCUUCAUCUUCGGCUUCUCGGCCGUCUCUGUCAUGUACCUGGUGGUGGUGGUGGCCGCGCAGGUGCAUGGCUGGCAACUCUACUACAGCAAGAAGCUGCUGGACUCCUGGUUCACUAGCACGCAGGAGAAGAAGAAGAAAUGAGUGGGGGGAUAGGUGCGCUCCCUGAGGUGCUGAAGCUCUGCGGUUCAGUCCUGUGGGGCAGCGCUGGCGCAGCUCCGGUGGGUGGGGGAUCCUCGGGGACCACGGGGUGGAGUUGUCUGAGCCUCACCCCGGCCCCGGGCUCUCAUGCAAGGCGGGGGACCCCCUAGGGCUGGGGCCGUGGAGGGUCCCUGGGGUGGAUGCCCCUUCCUCCGCGUGUUGCUCUGUGGAAAUAAAGCACCGUCCGCUCUCCCA